AUGGCGGAUGACGCCGGUGCAGCGGGAGGGCCCAGAGGACCCGGGGGCCCAGGAUUAGGAUGCCGUGGCGGCUUCCGCGGAGGAUUCGGCAGCGGUCUGAGGGGCCGUGGCCCUGGUCGAGGCCGUGGCCGAGGACGAGGCCGCGGGGCUCGCGGAGGUAAAGCUGAAGACAAGGAGGGGAUUCCGGUCACCAAGCUGGGCCGCCUGGUUAAGGACAUGAAAAUCAAGUCCCUAGAGGAGAUCUACCUGUUCUCCCUGCCCAUUAAGGAGUCUGAGAUUAUUGGCUUUUUCCUGGGAGCUUCCCUAAAGGAUGAGGUUCUGAAGAUCAUGCCCGUGCAGAAGCAGACUAGGGCAGGCCAGCGGACCAGGUUCAAGGCUUUCAUCGCUAUUGGGGAUUACAAUGGUCACGUAGGUCUCGGUGUCAAGUGCUCCAAGGAGGUAGCCACUGCCAUCCGAGGGGCCAUCAUCUUGGCCAAGCUUUCCAUUGUCCCUGUGCGGAGAGGCUACUGGGGGAACAAGAUUGGCAAGCCCCACACUGUUCCGUGCAAAGUGACAGGCCGCUGUGGGUCUGUGCUGGUGCGUCUCAUCCCUGCCCCCAGAGGCACUGGCAUAGUCUCCGCUCCUGUGCCCAAGAAGCUGCUGCUGAUGGCUGGCAUUGAUGACUGCUACACAUCAGCCACUGCCUCCCUGGGCAACUUUGCCAAGGCUUCCUUUGAUGCCAUCUCUAAGACCUACAGCUACCUGACCCCCGACCUCUGGAAAGAGACUGUGUUCACCAAGUCUCCUCAUCAGGAAUUCACUGACCAUCUUGUGAAAACCCACACCAGAGUCUCUGUUCAGAGGACCCAGGCUCCAGCUGUGGCCACCACAUAAGGGUUUUUAU